CAGCCAGAGGAUGAGGAAGGUUCUUUUGGCUCCUCCCGCAGCCAGGCCUCUGCUCACAAGUUCCCAGGGUGACAGCUCAGUCUUGAAACUGAAAGCAAAGCUAAGCCUAGAGAACAAAUUCCCAUGCAGCACAGCACGGAGGCCACCCUGUGAUGGGCAGUGGGGGUAGGGUUGCUAAUGAGCAUGCAAGGCAUAUGACCUACCAGCCCUGACACCCCUCCCCCAACCGCAAGCAAGACACUUCUUCCUCUGUAGACUGCUCUUUGAGCCAGCUGGUCCUCACUUCUAAGGUAAACUGAGCCCACGAGCGCCCUGCAUGUCCUCAAAUCCACACCUAUGUGAGUUUUUCUCAAGUCAGGCUAGUUAUAGAAAUUUUUACUCUUACUGCCCUGUGUCGUCAGGCCAGGUCACUUUCUAUUAUCUCUCUGCUGUCUGUCUAGGCACAGCAGAUCCUCUCCGAGUCACCAGCUGAUUUGGCCACAGAGCUGAGGGAAGUUAACUUAUUUACUGUCUCCAUCUUCUUUCUUCUUAGGUUGCUCUCGUGGUUGGCAUAGCCCAGCAUGCAAUCUUCUUGAGCCUGCACAAGCCACACCCACUCCGAUCCUCCAGGGAGGCUCAGAGAAGACACUAGAUUGAUCCGAAGGCACCUGAAUAACACUUCUUCAUCAAGACCCCACCGCAGCUCCAGGGAGCCGGGGGAGUCUCACUGUCAUCUCUGGCAGAGGCCAGUAUGGCUAUUGCCUUGCAGUCCAGUGAUUUGGUCUUUGAAUUUGCAAGCAACGGAAUGGAUGAUAUCCACCAGCUGGAAGACCCUUCAGUGUUCCCAGCUGUGAUCGUGGAGCAGGUCCCUUAUCCUGAAUUACUGCAUCUGUACUCAGGACUGGAUCUGGAUGAAGUCCACAAUGGCAUCAUAAGGGACAGGACCGUGUGCAUGGCACAGGAUCAGAUCGUAGAAGGCAGUAUUUUGCUGACAGAACCAGAUGAAAAUGAGUCCACCUCAAAUAAUGUGUCACCCUCGGAAGCCCUAUUCAAUGUGGAAACUCCCAACGAUGUCCUGGAUGAGAAGCAGAUCUUCAGCACAUCGGAAAUGCUUCCAGACUCAGACUCUGUACAGACCAUCAGUCUCCCCAACUUCCUGUUUUCUGGCGCUGAACCUGAUGACCCAAAGAAGACAAGCGAUGCUAGUGAGCAGAAGGAGCUUUCUCCGGAGGAGAUGGUCCCAGGAGAAGAAGAUCCUAAGAAGGCUGGGAAGUCAAGGAAGAGAAACCGAAAGACAAAGCACAACCGAAGUACCUCACCUGUUACUGACCCCAGUGUCCCCAUACGGAAGAAAUCCAAGGAUGGCAAAGGCAGCACCAUUUAUCUGUGGGAGUUCCUCCUGGCCCUUCUGCAAGACAGAAACACCUGCCCCAAGUACAUCAAGUGGACCCAGAGAGAGAAAGGCAUCUUCAAGUUGGUGGACUCCAAGGCUGUGUCCAAGCUUUGGGGCAAGCAGAAGAACAAGCCUGACAUGAACUAUGAGACCAUGGGACGUGCCUUAAGAUAUUACUACCAAAGAGGAAUCCUGGCCAAAGUGGAAGGGCAGAGGCUGGUAUACCAGUUUAAGGAGAUGCCUAAGGACUUGGUGGUGAUUGAAGAUGACGAGGAGAGUGCUGAAACACCAGAAGCACCUCCCCAGGCCUCUACUUCCUCCACACCCUCUACCAGCACCACCCGGAGAGCCAGCUCCAGGGUCUUAACCAAAGCCUCCUCCCAGGACAAGGAUAGCCCUUCCUGGGAGCAACCAACGGUUCAACACACUGGUCUCCAGCCAUCUGCAAGCCUGGAGUUAGGACUGUCUGUGGAUGAGGAGGUCCCCACUACCUCCACCGUGCUUGUCACUCCACUACAAAGCCAGGACAAGCUCACCAAAACUGUGAGUACUUCUUCAGUGCCCAGUAACAUCCACCUAGGAGUAGCCCCUGUGGGGCCCGGCUCCACUGUCACCCUGCAGACCAUCCCGCUGACUACGGUGCUGACCAAUGGGCCUCCUGCCAGUACUACUGCUCCCACUCAACUUGUUCUCCAGAGUGUCCCACAGGUGUCAACAUUCAAGGACACUAUCACUUUGCAGGCGUCCUUCCCCCUGAACACCAGUUUCCAAGAGAACCAGGUGGCAACCCAGGGGGCCCCAUUGAUCCUCAGUGGCCUCCCCCAAAUUCUGGCUGGGGCUAACCAUCCAAGCAACCCAGUACCAUCCCAGGUCAUAGGUACUGGGUCAGCAGGGCCUAGCACUCAGCCCCCUGGAACUGUCAUUGCUGCCUUCAUCAGGACUUCCGGUGGUACGUCAGUGCCUGGGGCAAAGGAGGGGCCCUUGAGGUCCUCCUCAUAUGUGCAGGGUGUGGUUACGGGGACCCCUGUGGAGGGGGUGUUGGUUCCUGAGGAGACCCUGAGAGAGCUCCUGAGAGAUCAGGCCCAUGUUCAGCCAGUUCAGAGCCAGGUGCUUUCAAGGGGUUCGCACAACCUUAGCCUUGUGGGGAGCCAGACCUUAUCUCCCCCCAGCUGUCCCACUGUUGGCCUAACCCCAGUAGCUGAACUUGAGCUCUCAUCAGGCUCAGGGUCCCUGUGUGUAGCUGAGCCUAGUGUGACUCCAUCCCCCUCGGGGAGCCUGCUGACCAGCUCCCCAACUCCAGCUCCUUUCUCCACAUUCAAUCCCACCUCCCUCAUUAAGAUGGAGCACCAUGACAUAUAACCAAAGGGAUUACAAGUAUGACCUACCAGGCAAAAUUGUGAAGCAUUUUCAUGUGCACUUAAGUAGAAUACCUGCCCUUACAUCUAGUGGGGUGUGAUACAUUUGAUUCCAAGUCCCCCAGGCCUCUUUGGCACCACCAUGAUCGAAUUAUGCCCAGCUCAAGCAUCUCUGGCAUCUGACCAUGACCUUCAAGAGCAUUAGGGAAUACAUAUGCUCUUGGGAAGAUAACGGGGGCUAACUUGGUAAUGAAGGGAAACCCACAAGCCAGGAAGUAGCUUGUGGCCAGAGUUGGUCAGAGGCUUCACAAGAAAAAUUAAGCCUGGUCAUACUUUGUUAUCUAUAUUCCCUACACAGGGAACUUACCAUCCCAUAUGUGAAUAUCUUUGGAUGUAUUCGUGUGUACUUGCGGGUCUGUAUCUUCAUUUCUUUGGGAAGGACGGGGUGUAAAUGCCAGGUCUUUUCUUCAAGUGUGUGUGUGUGUGUGUGUGUGCGUGUGUGUGUGUGUGUCUGUCUG